GCAAAGUUGAUAUACCUGUAAAUAAAAAACCAUCAGUGUAACUUUAAGACACGAGGAUCUCCCAAUGUCUCAACCCCAAACCCAAAUAACACCGGAUCAAACUAAACAGUCGCGGCUUCUUUUGCCCCCUUGAGUGGGCUAAGUUAGAGCUCCUGUUAGCAUUUAGAUGUAACGCUAUCUCGUUAAUUCAAGAAAAAAGGAACCGAUUUUGUUUCUCAAGUGAAUUGAAUAUGUAAAGUAAAUAAAUACUUGAAUACAUGAUGAAAAAAAACAACUUUGUUUCAUGUUUAAGCGCCUGAAACAGUUUGGAUUGGUUAAGAGAUUUUGGCUUUGAACCCUGUGGCGGAUCGCUGCAACAUGUCAGUGUGGGGUUCUUUUUAAAGUUCUUCAUAGCCUUCAUGAGCUCCAUGAGUCACAGCCUCUCUGCUAACCGACCCUGUGAGAGGGUCGACUCAUGGAGCCAAACUACAAAUACAAACCUCCUGCUCUUUGUGGAACACCAUCUGCUCUCAUGUCUCCUCAGAAAACCCCCCUGACCCCUGUUCUUUAACCCUGAAUGUUUCUGUUCCAGGAAUGGAUCCGUCCAUGGGCCAGGAGAGGAGAGCUCCGGUCACCCCGUCCUCAUCCUCACGUUACCACCGGCGACGGUCUUCUGGCUCCAGAGACGAACGCUACCGAUCAGAUGUGCACACAGAAGCGGUGCAGGCGGCCCUGGCCAAGCACAAAGAGAGGAAGAUGGCGGUGCCGAUGCCUUCGAAGAGACGGUCGCUGGUGGUCCAGAACUCAAUGGAUGCUUACACACCACCAG